UGUGUGUCUUCAUCAUUUCUCCACAAAAGGGAAAAUUUAAAUAAUUAACACAAGUUACCUACAUACAUACAAAAGUUACUGUUGCUGUUUACUGCAAAAGUUACUGCUGCUGUUUCUAUUUAUUUGAAAUCAAGAAAUUGUUUUUUUUUUGAAUUUCUUGAUAUUGUUUCCGUAUUUUAAAUAAUUAAAUUUUUUUUGAAAUAAAAAUAAAUGUUUUCUAUGGUUGAAUGCUAUUCAGAAAUGGGGCAACUAGGGCAAGAUUGUGGCCUUAGGGAAAUAUACAUGAUGGCCGGUGAAUUUGAAUUGGAUCAUGUAUCACAAGUAAUUAAUUUACAUCCAGCAUUUUAUGGUCAUUUUGUUCGUACACAAAGUUUUAUAAUGAGAGGUGAUGGACCAUUACCAUAUGAUUAUCGUUGUUAUUUAGCUAUAAUAGCUGCCGCACGACAUCAAUGCACAUAUCUUGUUAAAAUGUAUGAAAAAGAAUUUUUACAUAUUGGUGGUGAUCCAAAAUGGUUAAGUGGUUUAGAAUAUAUACCAACAAAAUUACGUGCUAUUUAUAAUAUUAAUAAAUUAUUAGCACAUAGGCCUUGGCUUCUUCGUAAACAACAUAUUGAGUGCCUUACACGUUGUGGUCAACAUAGUUGGUCAUUAUCAGAAGUUGUACAUGCAAUUGUUAUAUUAACACAUUUUCAUUCUUUAUCAUCCUUUGUAUUUUCAUGUGGUUUAACACAACGUUUGGAUAAUUCAUCUAGUUCAAAAAAUAAAACUCCAUCACAGAAGACUGCACAAGACGUAAGAAAUGCAAGUCGAUCAAGUAGACCUUCACUUAGAAUUGCUCAAAAUAGUAGUUUCAAUAAUAAUAUGAAUCCAUUAUCAACAGCAAAUAGUAGUGAUUCAUUGGCUUCAAAUGGUUCCAUGAAUGGUUCAAAUUCACCACCAAUACAACAAGAAGUUAGUGUUGAAAUAAUAAUGAAACGUAUGAAAUUAUUAUCAGAAAGAGAAGAUGAAUGUAGUGAAGCUGAAUUAAGCAGUCGUUUCAAAAAAGUUGAAUUACAAACAGCUGAAUUAGCUUCAACAGUUGCUGAACAACCUGUUGAAGUCCCACCGAUUAUUAGCCAUUAUAUUGAUGAUCCUAGUUUUAUAUAUAAAGAUUUUGCUAGACGUGAUGUAGAUAAUACACCAGAUACGUUUAGAAUUCAAGAUUAUUCAUGGGAUGAUCAUGGCUAUUCUCUAGUCAAUGGGCUGUAUGAUGAUGUUGGUUAUUUAUUGGAUAAUAAAUUUCGCUGUGCCUAUAAUUUAACAUAUUUUACAAUGGCUGGAAUUAAAAAUGUCGAUACAUCAAAAUUUCGUCGUGCCAUAUGGAAUUAUAUACAAUGCAUAUAUGGUAUUAGACAUGAUGACUAUGAUUAUGGUGAAGUAAAUCAGUUAUUGGAAAGAGCUCUUAAAAUGUUUAUUAAGACAGCAUGUUGUUUUCCAGAAAGAAUAACAAAAAAAGAUUAUGACAGUAUACUCUGUGAAUUAUUGGACAGUGAAAAGGUUCAUGUUAACCUUAUGAUAAUGGAAGCCCGAAAUCAAGCUGAAUUGCUUUAUGCACUUCGUGAAAUAAUGCGUUACAUGACAUGAUCUCAUAAUAAAAAUAUUAAACAAAAAUUAUGUACAUAUAUAUAUAUAAUAUUAACGUACAUUUAUAUAUAUAUAUACAUAUACAUA